AUGGGAGUGGUGAGCUUUAAUGACCUUGUCAGCUUAUUGCAAGGGCACAUUCAGCACUGCUCAAUGGGAAGAGGUAAGCCCAAGAUCAUACCUUACUUUGAGGCACUGAAACACCAGAGUCAACUAAUUGCUUCUGCAAAGGACCGCUAUGAGUGGUUAGUGAACCACAUUGUGAAGAAUCACAAUGAAACAUGGCCCAACGUUAGCCGACGAAUGCAGACUUCACCUGAAUACAAGGAGUAUGUAUUUUUAGAAGGUACGGGUAAGGCUAAAAAGCUAUUUCAACAACACAUUCACAGGCUAAAACAGGAACACAUUGAAAGGCGUCGCAAAGCAUACUUGAGCGCUCUUCCACUCGCCUUGAGUAGCUUAGUGUCCGAGUUGGAUGAAAUUGAGCAUUUGAGUUGGUCAGGGGUCCAGAAAGUCCUCGAGUCUAAAAAAGACUUUGAUCAUUGGUUUGUGGUACUGGAUGAUGCACCAUGGGAGGAAACGCCACAUCUUGACAACAUGGAGGAUGAGCGUAUCCCCUUUGAUGUGCUAGACACCACGGCUGCUGAAAUAAUCUUUGAUGCACACCUUGAACACUUGCGCAACGAAUGCAAGCGUGCCCAGAUGCGUCAUGAGUUCAAAGCAAAAUUAGCAUCAUCACCUUUCGUUACCCCUGGCAAACCCUGGGAGGAGGCCCGAAGCUUCAUCAUGAAUGAAGACUUCUACCAGUGGCUUGAGGAGCCAGAAUAUUUGGACAUUUAUAACCGGCACCAGAAAGCAAUCAUCGACAGGGCAAAGGAGGAUUUUCAGGAGCUUUUGCUGGAGUACUCUGAGCUCUUCUAUGAACUUGAGGUAGAUGCCAAACCUAGUAAAGAGAAGAUGGGAGCAAUUCAAGAAGUGUUAGGUGAAGAACAACGCUUCAAAACCCUUCAGAAAUUACAAGCCGAAAGGGAUGCUUUAGUGCUGAAACACAUCCAUUUUGUGUAUCACCCUACGAAGGAAACAUGUCCGAACUGCCCACACUGUGUUGACAACAAAAUUGAGCAAAUACUAGCUUUGUGCUUCCCUGCACAAUACCCUUCCUUUGGAAAGUCCAAUAUGUUUGAUGGAAAGGUAGAUAGGAUCAAUCUUGUUAUACUGGGCAAAGAUGGUCUUGCCAGAGAAUUAGCCAAUGAGAUUCGGGCAUUGUGUACCAAUGACGAUCAUUAUAUGCUUGAAGGUAGAAUGUAUGAGCUUGUCCUUCGGCCCAUUGAGGGUAAUGUUAGACUUCCUGUCAAUUCAUUUCAUACAUCCACAUUUACUCCCCAUGGAUGCCUGUGUUUGUACAAUUCAAAAGAGUCCUUAUCAUACAUUGUUGAAAGUAUUGAGAAGUUGCGAGAGUCCACACUUGGCAGAAGGGAAAACCAUAUGGCUCAGCUUCCCCUGUCACUCUUACUAGUAACCAAAAGAGGUGUUGGAGGACUGGGUGACAUUGGUGGUGAGACUGCUCAAGCAUUAAUCUCACAGGGUCAGCAGGCAGCCAUAAAACUGCAGUGUAACUACCUGGAACCUGCCUCCCCAGGCACUGGCUAUGGGCGAAAUGUAAAUGAAAAGCAGAUCAAUCAGGUCUUGAAGGUUCUACUUGAAACAAGGAGGACAUCUACAUUUCGUAGCUAUUCUCCACCUGCACCUCCACUGCCUCCAUGUAUUCGAGAAUUACAGCAGGAUCAGAGUCCAGAGGCUGAAUUACGUAUUGUCAUGUGCCUAAUGUGUGGAGACUCCUAUGACAUUGAUCAACUCCUUGCACCAUUCCUGCUUCCUCAGCAUUGCAGGCCGACCUCUCCUCAGACAAGUGGCACUUCAGUGCUGCUAGAACAAACAAUUGGUGGUCACAAGCAUACAAUUGAACUGUCUCUAAUGUCAUACCACGCUUGUUUUGCCACUCGUAAGAGUCGGCUGGUGCAUGGCUACAUUGCUUUAUACUCUGCUAGCCGCAAGGCUUCUUUUGAAACCCUGUGUGCCUUUUUGUGUGAGGUUCAGGACAUUGUCCCAGUUCAGCUGCUUGCAGUGGGGGAAACCCGGACUGAGCUUCUGGACUCUGAGUCUGCUCAUGAGUUGCUAGUCCAAGGUGAAGAACUGGCCCGUGAACUUGAUGGACGGUUUUGCAGUAUUGUCUGUGGCACUGGAGGAGUUGUUGGAGGACUACACAAACUAGACCUUUUGGAACAAUUUUUCACAGAGGUAUUAGAAAAGAGAACUAUUGUUGAGGCCAGUCAUAUGUAUGAAAACGUUGCAGAAGCCAGUAGCACAAAUGAGAAUGUGUAUUCGCCACACUGUGGCUCCUCAAGCCCUGUAACAAUGCUGUUAGAUUCUGAGGAAGACAUGGAAGCUUCCCCGCCUUACCAUGAUGGCACACUCACCUCUCACGGUAAAUUCAAAUUGCCUGACCUGGACUCAGGUGACACAUUCUCUGUGAUCUCUGACCUUAGCACCUUUGAGAACAAGCUAAAUAAUAAAGUUCCUCCACAAGUAAGACCCAAACCUAGUGUCACAUUUGACCUUAGAAAACCAAAUUUUAAUCCGUAUGUGGAUGCAGUCAGCCAUCGCCGUUCCCUUACAUCCAAUGUGACGUGGCCUCUAGGAGGAGAUUAUGAUCCUUCGGACUACGCUGAGCCAAUGGAUGCUGUCUCUAAACCCCGCCCCAGCUAUGAGGACAGCAUAUAUUCUGUGCCACAUGACAGCACACAGGGUAAAAUUAUUACCAUCCGCAAUUCCAAUCGGAUCCACUCUAAUGGAGGAGGCAAUGGUUCAGACAGUGAAGGGGAUGGCAGUUCAUUGGAGAGACGUCGCAAGUUCUCCCCUGCACGAGUGAAGCCACGUCUCUACCGUGAUCGUUCCAAACGUCUGGGGAAGUUCAGCAGUUUCCGCACUAGUUUUUCCAUUGGUAGCGAUGAUGAGAUUGGCACGCUCUCAAGGUCAAAAGAUGAUGAUGUUUCAGGACUAAAGGCAGACGUACUCAAUGAAGAAGGAGAAGAUCCCAAAAAAAGGAACAUACUGAAAAGUCUUCGCAGACCAGGCAAAAAAACAAGACCAAAGCCUCGUCAUUCUAUCUCUAAGCCUUUGGAGAGUAACUACUUUGGGGUGCCCUUGGUCAAUGUGGUUUCCCUUGAACGACCUAUUCCAGUUUUCAUUGACAAGUGUAUUCGUUAUAUUGAGGCGACAGGUCUGACAACAGAGGGUAUCUACAGGGUAAGUGGGAAUAAGGCGGAGAUAGAGAGCGUGCAGAGACAGUUCGAACAGGACCACAAUCUGGACCUUGUGGAGAAGGACUUCACUGUGAAUACAGUUGCCGGAGCAAUGAAAAGUUUCUUCUCUGAGCUGUCUGAGCCUCUGCUUCCUUAUAGUUCACAGGAGGAGCUGGUGGAAGCUUUCAAAAUUAAUGAUCGAGAACAGAGGCUUCACACAAUGAAGGAUGUGUUAAGACGAUUUCCCAGGGAGAAUUUUGAUGUCUUCAAAUAUGUAAUGAGCCAUCUAAACAAGGUUAGUCAGUGGAACAGAGUCAACUUAAUGACCAGUGAGAAUCUCUCCAUCUGUUUCUGGCCAACACUGAUGCGGCCAGUUUUCACCUCUAUGGAUGCCCUGACAGCCACACGCACCUACCAGACAAUCAUUGAGACAUUCAUCCAUCAGUGUGCUUUCUUCUUUUACAACCAGCCUCCUGCUGAGUCACCCACUGGCCCCUUCGGACCCCCUGGACCACUGGUGCCCUCCGGAUUGCCCCCAUCCCCCACAGCCCACCCUUCUUAUUGCCCUCCAACCCCACAUUUUACACCCCUUCUGCAAUCCCCACCACAUUCUCCCCCCCAGAGCCCACACACGGCCCCUGGAGAACCACAAACACUGUGAAAUGGGGAAAAAUCACGUGGCCCAUUAUUUAGUGAACAACACACACUUACAAUGCAUGCAUACACAUCUACAUUCAUGCUCCGCACACACAUCUAAAAGCCUCUAAAACAUGUAGCUUGUUUAGGUCAGUGUUGUAUGUAAAAAAUUGUUCUGAGCUCUCGGUCCUGCUCCUGGAAAUCCACCUUUCUGCAGAAUUUAGUUCCAACCUGUUCUAACAAACGUCUGUAAUUUUUUAUGUACCAUAAACCUUGACUAUCUGGUUCAGGUGUGUUUGAUUAGGUUUAUAUCUAAACUCUUUGUUGUACAGAGCACCUUAAUCUACAGUUAUUAACACAUAUCACACAAAAUGAAGGUCUGUUAAAAUUUCUUUUUAAAAGGUGUAACCAACAAAGACUCCAAUCACCAUGUCAACACUGCCCUUCAUGUAGUUUAUUACAGAAGGGGGAUGGUGUUAUUUUCUAGAGAGUGAAUCUAGAUGUUCUAAUCAAGAAGGAUACAAACGGUUUUGAAGGAUUUUCCUGUUUUCUUCUUUCAGUAGAAGGCUUUAACAUUUCAUUUUACAACAGUACCUGCUCUUUUCUCUCCUGCUCUCUCUCUCUCUCUCUCUCUCUCUCUCUCUCUCUCUUUACGUCUCCUUAUGGAUCAGUGGUAUGGAGGACGCUAUAGUCAUGAAUGAAAUCACUUUAACAGCAACCAUAUUCACCACUUUGCCUGGCUGUUGUGUUCCACUCUACCAUUAUUGGUUUCUACCCUAUGCCUAUUUUGUUAUAUGAACUUUAAAUAUACCAUGGAUUUCGGAGGAUGUUUUUAUUCUUUGCUUUAAAGACUUGAAGUUCUGACACCUGAAAGGCUAGAAGGUGAUGUUGAUGAGGAUUUGCCUUGCUGAGUGUCUCCUGUGGAUCUUUGCUCAUAAAUUCACCUAAUGGGAGCAUAUGUGCCCUUUCUCUGAAGGCUGGGAUUUAAAUGGCAGCGAUAUCACGUGGUUUUAGGGAAUGCACUUCCAGUUAGCGCUGGUGUGGGGCUCAAGAUCACUGAGACUGCAGAUUUACUCUGACCCUUAACCAUUAGACUCUGAAUCAGCAAUUCAAAACCCUCACACCUUAGUUUUGGAAAAAAAUACGUUGAAGGCCUUUUACUGAUGCCCAGUUUGACUGUUUUACGAACUCCAUUGUUUUUACUUAAUAAUCUAAAGCACUUUUUUGUCUUUUUAUAUAGAC